AUGACAGGUAUGCACUAUUUUCAAUGCAGUUUCAACUGCAGCACCAUCCUCAACUACAAGAGGCUUGCCAGCACUGUUUCAAUUCCUUCGGGGGUGAGCACGUCUGCACCUAUUCAAACAAACAACUUCUGGGGUAACUUAACUUUGGGAAGCCAGAAUUCAUAUGUUUACACACAUCCGUACGUAGAGUGGGUUUCGAAAGAUACAAACUUUGAAGGACUCGCAAUCUCGCACCAGGAUGCAUCUCAAAGGGUGUUAGGUGCGACAAAUUCCGAGGGGGCAAGCAGCUACUUUUAUAUGGCAGCAGGUAACAAGUGCAUGGUUCUUGGAUCGUCAGAUUUUGACAGCAACGUUAGCAUCAAGCUCACAAACUUGGCAAAGAUGUCUGUUGACUUGACAAUUCAAAGCUCUUCGGCAGGAUACCUAAAGGCCUCGCUUUUGCAGGGUAUGGGUAUGAUUACUGGAGUGUAUUACGAUCUCAUUCCAGAGAUUCACUCUGGAAUUGGUAUCAAGUCAGUCACCGGCGGAACGGCACCAAGAUCAGGCACCAACAAGUACAAGAUUACUCUUAAUGAUGAUCGUGUCUGGUUGAUGUACGUGACGUUCAGCGACAAUCAAACCUGUCAGUUUGCCUUAAAGGACAACUACCACAUUAUUGGAUCGAACUCGAUCAACAACUGCCUUAUCCAGGUGGCGCGUGGAGAUUACAGUAGUGCUUACGAUGCGGCAGCCGGAUGCUAUCCAACUGCAGCCACACUAAAGGCUUCGGUUAGUGGCUCAACGGCUAAAUACUCGUUCAACUAUGCGACAUCAGGCAGUUCCAACAAGGGAGUGCCUAUCCUGUAUGCGUUACCUCAUCAGGUGAAUUCGUUCACGUCUACAACUUCAAGUGGUAAAACUUCGGCCACUCUUGCAGACACGGUUCACGGUACGAUGACGGGAUACUUGACCUCGAUUUUCGAGAUGUCCGAAACCUUGCCGAUAAGCGUUGGGGUUGAUCCAUGGAGCUCCAUUUCCGGAUGGUCAAAACCAACGUACACGACAUCUCAGUUGGCUUCAAUCAAGACUGCGGCCACCAGCGAUGCCGGCAAGGAUGUUUCCAGUCUUUCUAACUUGGACUCCAUGUACUACAGUGGCAAGAUACUCGACAAGUAUGCUUACGUGCUCUACGUGUUGUACUACGUGGUGAAGGACACUUCUGCAACGAAGACGUUUCUCGCAAAGAUGAAAACUGCAAUCGAGAGAUUCAGCAACAACUCGCAGACCUACCCACUUUGCUACGAGACAAGGUGGAAAGGGCUGUGCUCCACGGGAGGAAUGGAGAGCGGUGAUAGUGCUGCUGAUUUUGGCAAUGCCUUCUACAACGACCAUCAUUUCCACUACGGUUACCAUAUCCAUGCUGCAGCCCUUACUGCAUAUAUUGACAAGGCAUUGGGUGGCACGUGGUACAAAAAUAUAACCGACUGGGUGAAUUUGAUGGUGAGAGAUGUGGCCAACCCAAGCGAGAGCGACACCUAUUUCCCCGUUUUUAGGAACUUCGACUUCUUUAUUGGACACUCUUUUGCGCACGGAAUCACAGUUUAUGCCGAUGGCAAAGAUGAAGAAAGCUCCAGCGAGGACUACAACUUCAGCUAUGGCAUGAAGAUCUGGUCAAAGGUGAUUUCUGACACAAACAUGGAAGCCAGGGCCAACCUCAUGCUUGCCAUUACGAAAAGAUCAAUGGGCCUCUACAUGCUCUAUAAGAGUGACAACACUGUGAUGCCAUCUGGAUUCAUCAAGAACUACGUGAGCGGCAUCAAGUUCGAAAACAAAAUUGACCACACCACGUACUUUGGAACAAACGUUGAGUACAUUCAUGGUAUCCACAUGUUGCCCGUGACUCCGAUUUCGAGCUUUAUCAGGACUCCCGAGUUCGUGAAGCAAGAGUGGGAAAAUGGCGUUCUUAAGAGUAUUGUUGGAAGCGUUGACUCUGGCUGGAAGGGAAUCCUAUACUGGAAUGUUGCUUUGUAUGAUCCUGCCACUUCCUACAACUUUUUCAACAGCAGCAGUUUCAGCAACAAUUGGCUAGAUGAUGGAAUGACAAAAACUUGGGCUCUCACAUACAGUGCUGCAGCUCAACAGUAA